ACCCUGGUUUUGAAUGUUUUUUCCCCCAGUCAGGACUGGACUUUAGAACUUGUGGAGAAAGUUCACCAUGGAGUUGUUUUUCAUUUCUACCAUUUUAGCAGGCGCUUUCAUCGUCCCCUUCGCGCUGAAAACCCUUUUCCCCUAUUUAUGGAUGGAUCUCCGAUACGUCGGAGUUCUGGUGCGGAUUUUAGUCAGCUACGUAACGAACCGAAGAAGGAGACCUCCGUCCUUCGCGUUGGAGCGCUUCUUGGAGCAAGCCGCUGCGCUGUCGGACAAACCCUUCGUCGUGUUUGGAGACGAGACCUACACGUACGCGGAUACGGACAGAGAAAGCAACAAGAUCGCCAACGCGCUGCGGUCUCAGCCCGGGUACGAAGCUGGGGUCACCGCCGCACUCUUCAUGGGAAACGAGCCCAGGUUUUUGUUUACUUGGCUGGCUCUGGCUAAACUUGGCUCUCCCGUCGCUCUCCUGAACUACAACAUCCGGAGCAAGUCCCUGCUGCACUGCUUCAACUGCUGCAAGGCCAAGGUGCUGGUUGCAGCUGCAGAGCUGAAAGAGGCAGUGGAGGAUGUCCUGCCCUCACUGAUGGAGCAGGGUGUCACGGUCCUCCUCUUGGUCAAAUCCUGCGACACUCCAGGAAUCGUGAGCUUCUCUGAUAAGGUGGAAGAAGCCGCGGACACGCCGCUGUCUCCAUCCGUCAGAUCGCACGUCACAUUCAAAAGUCCUGCCGUCUAUAUUUACACCUCUGGCACUACCGGUCUUCCUAAGGCAGCUUUGGUUGAUCAGAAUCGCCUCCUAUCAGCUCUGGCUAUUAUAUCUGCAUACGGUGUAAAAUCCAAGGAUGUCAUGUACAUCAACCUGCCGCUCUACCACACAGCAGGGUUUCUCGUCGGAUUUCUUGGCUGCAUUGAAACGGGGUCGACUCUAGUUCUGAAAAGAAAGUUUUCUGCCUCUCAGUUCUGGGACGACUGCAGGAAAUACAAUGUGACUGUCAUUCAGUACAUCGGAGAAGUGAUGCGCUACCUCUGUUGCACACCAAAGCGAGACAAUGACAAAGACCAUAAAGUGAGACUGGCCAUUGGGAACGGUGUCCGAGCAGAAGUCUGGAGAGAGUUCCUGAGUCGCUUUGGAAACAUCCAGAUUUUCGAGUUUUAUGCCUCCACAGAGGGAAAUAUAGGAUUCCUCAACUACACCGGGAAAAUAGGAGCAGUUGGACGAGUUCACUUUUUGCACAAGAAAUUGUUUCCCUACACACUUGUGAAGUACGACACAGAGCGCGACGAACCGGUCCGAGACGCUAACGGUCUCUGCAUUGAGACCUCAACAGGUAAGACGGGACUGCUGGUGUCGAAGAUUACAGACAUCACACCUUUUGUCGGCUACGCUGAAAACGAAGAGCAGACGGAGAGGAAAAAGCUGCGCAACGUCCUCAAAAAAGGAGACCUUUACUUCAACACCGGCGACCUAAUGAGGAUCGAUAAAGACAAUUUCAUUUACUUUCAGGAUCGUGUCGGGGACACCUUCAGGUGGAAAGGUGAGAACGUUGCGACAACUGAGGUCUCCGACAUCCUUUCGAUGAGUGACUGUCUGCAAGAGGCCAAUGUUUAUGGAGUCCAAGUGCCAGGACACGAGGGGCGCGCGGGAAUGGCAGCUGCCACUCUGAAGAAAGGUGCACGGUUUGAUGGGAGUAAACUUUAUGACCACGUUGUUAGCUACCUGCCCUCAUACGCACGACCCCGCUUUAUAAGGCUGCAGAGUUCAGUGGAAGUCACGACUACUUUUAAGCAGAUGAAAGUGAAGCUAGUGAAUCAAGGGUUCGAUCCAGAGAACAUCCAGGAGCCUCUUUACGUCCUGGACGACAGAGCAAAAAGCUACGUACCGCUGACCGCUGAGAUCUACCGCUCCAUCCUGUCAGGAAGCACGAAGCUGUAAUGAGCUCCACCGGCCGUGCGAGAGGCUUUCAUAGCGUUUGAUUUAUUUAAUUUUUCUUUUUUUAAUGAAUAAUUUCCAGCUCAGGGAGACAAAUGUCAUUUUAAAUAUCCUUAUGUUCUUUUUUUUUUAAAACAUACACAAUAAUCAGUGUGGUAUUCUGAUAAGCACAAUCACAAGGUAAUCAUAAAACUACAUUGUUAUAAAUAGCAUAAUAUCUGCUUACCAUGCCGUAUUAACUGUUUAGAUAUUUUGUUUGUUUUGGUUUUUUUAACUCAGUGUCAUAUUUGUGUUUACAUUUAUCUUUUCAGAGAUGGAAUGUGGUGAAUCUUGUUACAGCUAAAGCACAGCAUGGAUAAUAUUUCAUAAUUUCUUAAAAGAUUUGACCUUUUUUCAUAAGCAUUGCUUUUAUAUGCCUUUAGGGCUCAGUUGAAGUAAUAAUCUGUAAGCUAUUAAAACAUAUAGAUAGCAUCCAUAUUUGAAAUUGAUGUUAUUGACCAAUGUCUGUGAAAAUAAGCCAAACUGCCUAAACUUAAAGUUACUGUUACAGCAAAUUGUGUAGAUUUUCAGUAUUUUUGCCCAUCAGGAGCCCGAUGUUACGAGAAGGAGAACACAAGGUGGCGCCAUGCUUUGACAUUUCUCUUACUGCUGACAUUUUUUUUAUGGUGAAAGAGACCAAGGAAUAGUUUAAAAGCGUUUAGUUGACUGACAAUAAAGGUACAACUGCUAACAAAAAAUAAAUCUAAUCAAACUUUUAUUAUUUGAUUUGAACUUCUGAAAAUAUGACUUCACAAUCAGAGAGUGAAAAUGUCAUGAUAUAUUUAAAGAAA